AUGGGGUGUUGCGACGCGCGGGGGCUGCUCUGGAGAUUCGGCCUCUUCCUCCCCCUGCUGACGGCGCGCCCCGCAGCCGGCGGACACGGCGCCUCCAACCAAGUUGUGCUGCUUGAUACUACAGCUGUCCUUGGAGAAUUAGGAUGGAAAACAUUUCCUUUAAAUGGGUGGGAUGCCAUUACUGAAAUGGAUGAACACAAUCAUCCCAUUCAUACGUACCAGGUGUGCAAUGUGAUGGAACCAAACCAAAACAACUGGCUUCGAACAAACUGGAUUUCCCGUGAUGCUGCGCAGAAAAUCUAUGUGGAAAUGAAGUUUACCCUGAGGGACUGCAACAGCAUUCCGUGGGUAGUGGGAACCUGCAAGGAAACUUUUAAUCUCUACUACAUGGAAUCAGAUGAGUCUCAUGGAUUAAAAUUCAAGCCAAACCAGUACACUAAAAUUGAUACUAUUGCGGCUGAUGAGAGCUUUACUCAGAUGGACUUGGGUGAUCGCAUUCUUAAACUCAACACAGAAGUUCGUGAGGUUGGGCCAAUAAACAAGAAAGGCUUUUAUCUUGCAUUUCAGGACAUUGGAGCAUGUAUUGCUUUGGUCUCAGUCCGUGUUUAUUACAAGAAGUGCCCUUUCACAGUCCGUAACUUGGCCAUGUUUCCUGAUACUAUUCCAAGGGUUGAUUCUUCCUCUUUGGUGGAAGUGCGGGGCUCCUGUGUGAAGAGUGCUGAGGAGCGUGAUACUCCAAAAUUGUAUUGUGGAGCAGAUGGGGAUUGGCUUGUGCCUCUUGGACGAUGUAUCUGCAGCGUAGGAUAUGAAGAAGUGGAUGGUUCCUGUCACGCUUGCAGGCCUGGAUUCUAUAAAGCAUUUGCUGGAAAUGUAAAGUGCUCCAAGUGCCCUCCACACAGUUCAACCUAUGUUGAAGCAACUUCAGUAUGUCAGUGUGAAAAAGGUUACUUCAGAGCUGAGAAAGAUCCACCAACUAUGGCAUGUACCCGGCCACCUUCUGCUCCCAGAAAUGUGAUUUUUAACAUUAACGAAACAGCUCUCAUGUUGGAAUGGAGCCCACCAAGUGAUACCGGAGGAAGAAAAGAUCUCACUUACAGUGUCAUCUGUAAGAAAUGUGGGUCAGAUGCCAGCCAGUGUGAAAUAUGUGGGGGAGGAAUCCGCUUCAUUCCCAGGCACACAGGUCUCAUCAACUCCUCUGUGACGGUGCUGGACUUCGUGUCACAUGUGAACUACACCUUUGAAAUCGAGGCCACGAAUGGCGUCUCGGAGUUGAGUUUCUCUCCCAAGCAGUUCACAGCUAUCACAGUUACCACAGACCAAGAUGCACCCUCCUUGAUAGGUAUGGUAAGGAAGGACUGGGCUUCCCAAAACAGCAUUGCCCUCUCCUGGCAAGAGCCGGACUUUCCCCAUGGAGCCAUUCUGGACUACGAGAUCAAGUACUAUGAGAAAGUCUACCCACGGAUAGCGCCGGCAUUUUGGCACUACCUGCGGGUAGAAGAGCAUGAGCAGCUCAGCUAUUCCUCCACAAGGUCCAAGGCUCCAAGUGUUAUCAUCACAGGUCUCAAGCCAGCCACCAAGUAUAUAUUUCAUAUCAGAGUCAGGACGGCAGCAGGAUACAGCGGCUAUAGCCAGAAGUUUGAAUUUGAAACUGGAGAUGAAACUUCUGAUAUGGCUGCAGAGCAGGGACAGAUUCUCGUGAUUGCCACUGCUGCUGUUGGUGGAUUCACUCUCCUGGUCAUCCUCACUUUGUUCUUCCUGAUCACUGGGAGAUGCCAGUGGUACAUAAAGGCCAAAAUGAAAUCUGAAGAGAAAAGAAGGGCUCAUUUGCAAAAUGGAAAUUUACGUUUCCCAGGAAUCAAAACAUAUAUUGAUCCAGACACGUAUGAAGACCCAUCCCUUGCUGUCCAUGAAUUUGCAAAGGAGAUAGAUCCUUCAAGAAUUCGUAUUGAGAGAGUUAUUGGGGCAGGUGAAUUUGGGGAAGUAUGCAGUGGACGUCUGAAGACACCAGGAAAAAGAGAGAUACCUGUUGCAAUUAAAACUCUGAAAGGUGGUUAUAUGGACAGGCAAAGAAGAGAUUUCCUGAGAGAAGCUAGUAUAAUGGGUCAGUUUGAUCACCCAAAUAUAAUUCGUCUUGAAGGAGUUGUUACAAAAAGAUCCUUUCCGACCAUUGGGGUGAAGUCUCUUUCGAGAUUCCUGAGGGCGGGAUUUUUAAAUAGCAUCCUGACCUCACAUCCAGUCUCAGGGGGUGGAUCUUUACCCCCCAGCAUUUCCUCUGGCAGACCAGUAAUGAUUGUAGUUGAAUACAUGGAGAAUGGAUCCCUUGACUCCUUUCUGCGGAAACACGAUGGCCACUUCACAGUCAUCCAGCUGGUGGGCAUGCUGCGGGGAAUUGCAUCUGGCAUGAAGUACCUCUCAGACAUGGGCUAUGUACACCGUGAUCUGGCAGCCCGUAACAUUUUGGUCAACGGCAACCUCAUGUGUAAAGUCUCUGACUUCGGUUUGUCACGGGUGUUGGAGGAUGAUCCUGAAGCUGCUUAUACAACAAGUGGUGGAAAAAUUCCCAUCCGGUGGACUGCUCCUGAAGCUAUAGCUUACCGCAAGUUCUCUUCAGCAAGCGAUGCGUGGAGCUAUGGGAUUGUAAUGUGGGAAGUGAUGUCCUAUGGUGAGAGACCAUACUGGGAGAUGUCCAACCAGGAUGUUAUACUGUCUAUUGAAGAAGGUUACAGGCUACCAGCUCCUAUGGGCUGCCCAGCUUCUCUUCACCAGCUCAUGCUUCACUGUUGGCAAAAGGAGAGGAACCACCGUCCAAAAUUUAGUGAUAUUGUCAGCUUCCUGGACAAACUGAUCCGCAAUCCAAGCACUCUUCAUACCCUAGUGGAGGACGUACUUGUAAUGCCAGAUUCACCUGGUGAAGUCCCAGAAUUUCCUUUGUUUGUUUCAGUUAGUGACUGGCUGGACUCCAUAAAAAUGGGUCAAUACAAAAGCAACUUCAUGGCAGCAGGUUUCACAACUCUGGAUAUGGUUUCAAGAAUGAGUAUUGAUGACAUUAGAAGAAUUGGAGUUGUACUCAUUGGACACCAGAGACGAAUAGUCAGCAGUUUACAGACUUUGCGAUUACACAUGAUGCACAUACAGGAGAAAGGAUUUCAUGUAUGAAAGUACUAUAAUCAACUGUGUUUUGUGCCUCAGCAUUUCUAAAACGAAAAAUAUUCUCAUUCUUCCCUUCUGCUUUUCUCAACUUCAAGAACUGCAGUCUCCUGGUUAGACUCCAAAAGUACUUCUACGUUAAUGCUUCCAAACUGGAAUUUUUAAUCACACUGCAUAGUUCCUCUGUCAGUUAUCUGCCAAUAAAAUCCUGACCUACUGCAAGACUUGCUACACAUUGAUGAAUAAUAACUCAGCAACUCAGCAUGGAUGUGUAACUUUGUAUAACAGUACUUGGGAAACUUUCACAAACUUACUGGAAAGUAGUAAUCCGUUUGGCCUGGUGUGGCUUCUUUAUCGAUGUAUUUAGAGUUUGCUGGUAGAUCAAAACGUAUUUGACUUCUUUCAUGUUCUGUGACCAUGUAACUUCCAAUACCAAAUGUGCAAUCAAGAAGUUUCACAUAAAUAUUUAUUUUAUCUUCUAAUUAAAUCAAAAUGUAUGGGUCCUAUGGUUAUAUUACUUUAUAAUAGUUUAAAUGCUGGUAAGCCGGUGCCUCAAAAUGUGAACAUUGUUUGCAAAAAUGACUGAUGAUUUUAUGUAGUGAAUUUUCAUUGUGUUGGAACUGGGAGGAUAGUGAGAAAUCUGGCUGAAGUCUUCAGGUCCUUGAUUCUGAAUUAUGUUAGCACUCGACACUUUUUAUGCUUUAAAUUUUAGGUAAGGUCAAAAUAUUUAUUCAGCCCUAGAUUUUUUAUUUUAUUUUAUUUUUAAUAGUCAGCAUUUGCCUCUAUUCCAUGGUAAAUUGUCACCGGAAGACUGGAUGUAAUGUUUCCAUAACUGCAUGUAAAACAUGGUUGUCCGCUAUACUGUGGUCACAUAGACUUCAGAAAGUUUUCUGUUCCAAAAAUGUAGGCCUCCACAAGUUGAACUGUCAUUUCCACCAGUGGUAGUAGAUUUAGAGGGUCAAUCAUCAGUAGGGUGCUGGAGCAGAUCGGCCGUAGCAUCAUCCAAUUGAAGAUAGUGGUAAAGCCACAAACUAAUGCUGGAAGUUACGCUCUGUGGUGUUCAGUUUUAUUAUACGUAGGCAGAAAAGGAGACAUAGGACAGCAGUGUAUUAAUAUGUUGCCUUGAGUCUACUUCUAACUGCUUUUAGAAGUGAAAAGCAGACUGCUGAAAUGGAGUUCUGGUUUCUGUGGGGGCCAGGUCUUCAUUUAGUACAAGUUCCGAAACAAUAUCAAAGAUAAUUACUUUUAGAACUCUUCAAUAGCCAUAUUUACAUGCAAGAAAAAUGGCUGCAAAGGCCUAACAUAAUAUUUAUACCUCUGUAAGAUUUACAGCUUUCAUGUUUUAUUCAUGCAACUUACACAGAUGUGCUGGGCUACAUUUCCAAACUUUUGCAUGAGAUAUGUGCUGCUAGAAACUGGGACACGAGCGCAUGUCUGCGAACUGGAGAAGUCACGCGCAGAUCUACAUGCAUGUCACAUGUAAACUGGGUUUUUGUUAAUUUAUACAUAGUUUGGAGGACAUUCCCAAGUUACAUGACAUUUCAAUAUACUUAAAGAUUACAAAUCUUCAGUUAAAUGGCGCAUUUGGGUAAUUACUAUAAUAUAUUUGUAUAUCAAAAUGAAUUAACUACAUUAUGUAAUCAUAAUGAUAUUUAGUGCUUAAUUUACAGCUUGUAAGUCAAAUUGUAUUUCCUGACUCUCAGAAAGGCUACUGUUGUAUGCUGGUGGCAAAGAAGGAAAAGCAGAAAGCAACUCAAAAAAGAUUAGGCUUCCAGCUGGUUCACAAAGUUAAGACAUGCUAGGCCUGAUUCACUGUUGUUACCUUAUGUUAGAAUAAUUUCAUUAAUUUAAAUGGAUACAAAUAGUGAACUGCAGAAAUUUUUCUUUCUUCUGUUAAAAAAACAAAAACAACAAAACAACAGAUUUAACUGAAGAAAAAGUUUUCUAAAAGUAAGUAUUCACCAGUGUUCUAUGAUGUCAAGUUGAUAAGCAUGUUUAAAGAGGGGCAGUGCUAGUCUUAUUUUAGCUACAAAUUUUAUCAGCAUGGGUAGUCCCACUGACCUCAGACUGAUAAAUUCUGCCCCAAUUCCAAAUCUGAG